AUGGAUUCCAUCAAGAAGAAGAUGAUGGCAAUGAAGCUAGAGAAGGAAAAUGCAUUGGAAAAGGCUAUAAAUCUGGAGAACCAGCUAAAGGAGAAGGCCAAGGAUUUCGAAAAAAAAGAAGAAGAAAUGAAUGACUGGCUUUCUAAAGUAAAGAGUAUCCAGACGGAAGUUGACACUGUGCAAGAAUCGCUCCAGGAAGCGAUCAGCAAGCUGGAGGAAACCGAAAAGCGUGCGACAAACGCUGAAGCUGAGGUUGCUGCUAUGACUCGUCGCAUUCGGCUUUUGGAGGAAGAU